ACCUCCAAACAUGGCUGCGCUUCGCUGUCGGCGUGAUCCUUGCGGUUUCGUGUGCCUGAUUCUGACGUAUUUCAGCGUUCUUUACGCGGACUACGUGGUGAUUCAGUAUGUCCUGAUCCCGGCCUAUUCCGGGAGUGUGUGGUGCUCGCUCCACGGUGCUGUCUUCAAUGUGAUUCUGCUGCUGUUGCUAGCCUGUCACUCCAAGGCUGUCUUCUCUGACCCAGGUAUGGUGCCGCUGCCAGACACAGCCAUCGACUUCUCUGACCUGAGGUCUCAGUCAUCACGGAAAAAUGAGAGGGGCUGUGAGGGAUGGACCAUUUGCAGCAGGUGUGAGACAUAUCGCCCCCCACGUGCACACCAUUGCAGGGUCUGUCAGCGUUGCAUCCGUCGCAUGGAUCACCACUGCCCCUGGAUCAAUAACUGUGUUGGAGAACUGAACCAGAAGUACUUCAUCCAGUUUCUUUUCUACACUGGACUGGCCAGCUUGUAUUCCAUUGCUCUGGUGGUGACAGCCUGGAUCUGGAGGAUAAGGAGUGAGAGAGGAGGCGAUGGAGAAAGAGAUAAGGAGGGUGAUGAAGCCCCCAGCAAACACUUGGUUGUAGCACACUACAUCAUCCUGCUCGUCGAGUCAGUUCUAUUUGGGGUCUUUGUCAUGGUCAUCUUCUAUGACCAGCUGGUGUCCAUAAUAACAGACGAAACGCCCAUUGAGCAGAUGAGGAACAGGCUCAUGAAGGAACGGACAACUGGCAAUCAGCACUCACAUACACGCAAACCAAAACUUGCUCUUCUGAGGGAGGUGUUUGGCAGGGGGUCUGUGCUGUGUUGGCUGUUCCCUCUCCACUCCAGUCCUCCCUCUGCUGGGGGGAUCAGCUACUCUGCUCUACCAGACUAUGAUGUUUAGUGAAGAAACAGUUGGUGUUUACUUUAGGAAUGUCAGGGUGAAAUUUGAGUGGGAUCAAUUCCACUUCUUACAUUUGCAGAAAAGGAAACUCUUGUCCAGACAUGAAGUUCUCCUUCAGACUUGCCUUGCGUUUCUCCUCACGCACUCAUGUGUACCUCACGCAGCCCUGUUGACACACUUAUGUACAGGUCUUUUUUUUUUUUUUUUCACAAACCUGUGCAGUCAGCAUUGAAUACUUCGCAGACCUGUGGGAUAUCGUCCUUAUGAUCGUUGGGGAGUAUUUAAGUCAUAAGAAAUUAUCACUAUUUGAAUUCAACCACUUCUGCUGUUUCUAUGAAAUUUCUACAAAAUGUGCAAGUACAUGUUUAUUGCAUAUUUAUUCAGUGUUACUCAACCUGUAAAUAUUCGUGUAUGUAUAUACUUUGCUGUUAUUGUCUGUGAGUUAACUGUACAUAACUGUAUUUUCUAAUAAGGCAAUUUGCAUACAAGUGUGCUGGGAAACAAGUGUUACCUUACUUACAUGGGCUGUAUUUUGUUGAAAUGUUUUGUUACAAAAUCUCCAUUUGCUGCUAUUUGUCAGCUUUAAGGAUUUAUAUAUUUAUUUAAAAGAUUUAAGAAGAAUGGUGGGGAAAGUUAUUGCUCUUUAUUUCACUAUUUAACUGUGAGUUACAUGUUUUAAAUAUUUAAUCAUAUGA